UGUCUAAUUAGUAAUUACAUCAGAACAAAUGAACAAUAAACCACAUAAAAUUUAUUUAUUUUUCUAAAAGGACUGAAUCUAGUUUUUGUGAGCUGCUGGAGGCUUGAAGCUUUCUCUGAUUAGCUGCUAUCAUGGCAUCGUUUGUAAGAUCGAAACCGGUGAUUCUCCUCCUCGUCGUUCAACUAUGCCUCUCUCUUCUCUCUCCAUCCCUCGCAAUUUCAUCUGGGUCUUCUGGUGAUGGUUACACAAUCAACGGUAGAGUGAAGAUCCCAGGUAUUGAUGCAAAAGGACUUGGAGGUCAUGGAAAGAUAUCCAAUGUCAAAGUUAUACUAAAUGGUGGCCAGCAUGUUACUUUUCUGAGGCCUGAUGGAUAUUUUUCAUUUCAUAAUGUGCCAGCGGGGACCCAUUUAAUUGAAGUGGUUGCUACCGGCUAUUUCUUUUCUCCAGUCCGAGUCGAUGUUAGUGCUAGAUUCCCAGGUAAGGUUCAGGCAACACUAACGGAGAAAAGGAGGAGUCUAAGUGAAAUGGUAUUGGAGCCAUUAAAGGAAGAGCAGUAUUAUGAGAUUAGGGAGCCCUUCUCCAUAAUGUCUGUUGUCAAAAGUCCGAUGGGUCUCAUGAUGGGAUUUAUGGUGUUGGUUAUGUUUGUGAUGCCAAAAUUAAUGGAAAACAUGGAUCCCGAAGAAAUGAAGAGAGCACAAGAAGAAAUGAGAAACCAAGGAGUUCCAUCCCUAGCAAGUAUGUUGCCAGGAGCUGCAAGGAGCAAUAAUUAGAGGUGAAAUGCGAUCCUUCUAUUCGAUUUAGGCUAAAAGAAGUAAUAUAACAUUAUUGCUAUCGACAGUCAUAUCUUCACUCCAAUCUGGUAGUUGGGAGAUGCUAGUUUUACUUUGUUGACAAUGCUGAUGGAUGAAUUUACUUGGAAAACACUAAAUUGUGUAACACUGACAUCAUUACUCACGAGUUUGUUUGCUUGACGGAUAGACAAAGCCAAAGCCCUAAUUUCCA